UAAUUAUUAGUCGAAAUGUGUGUACAAUCAAUAUAUAAAUGAGUAUAUUUUUGACUAGGGUCGUCGUCGCGUUAUGGAGUUAAUAAACCUUCACUUGUACUUUUGUUCUUACUUUUGUGUCGUGGGAAUUGCACUAGUUCCUUGAUUUUACAAGUAUAAGUAGUAAGUGAUCUAAACAUAAAAAUCAGAGACCAGAUAUAACAAUUGGUGACGCAGUCAUAUAAUUAUGAAGACCUUCACAUCUAAGGGAAAGCUGAACACCAUCAUCAGCUUACUGUGAGAAAGAGCGAAUCAGCUUCUAUCUGUAGAGGAAAUUAGGGGAAGACGUUGGUGUUGAUAGGUGGGAAAUACAUUGUGGAAACCAACAAACUGCAUCAUGAGGCAAGCUCUAACUUUGAAUCCUGAAGGGAAUCGGAAAAGAGAAAUACCAAGGAACACAUUGCGUCGAGAAUUUGAAGCAGACAUGAAGAGAAUAAAUAGCAACUGGAAACAAGUGGAAAGGAUUUUUCAGGACAGAGGAUGGUUGUGGGCGGCCUAUGCCGUAACAAAUUAGUUGGUAUCGUACUGUAGACAAACAACAAAUCUCAUCUGGUAGUACACUUAAAGAUCCUGUUCGUCGUGGUCCUCAUGGUGUCAGCAAAUAUGCAGUUAGGUUUCUUCCUGGAAGACCCAACUAUGCACCUAAUAUGGCUGGUGUCGACGUAAACAAACUACGUACCUACCAACUGAUUGUUCGAUUUGUAGAUAUUAAUGAUGCAGAUACACAAUUCAGGUGUGUUAUUGAAUUGAGAACUACGCCAGUUGAUCAGUGGCCUGUAGCAUAUGGGAAUAUUAUUGUGAAACGCGCUCCUGAAAUUCUCCCGGGGUUGACAUCCAAAAUUGUGACGGAAGGAGACUCUUUAACGUUAGUUUGCCGGGCACAAGGCUCGCCACCACCGAUGAUAAGUUGGACUAGAGCUAAUGGAAGGCCUCUGUCACUUCCAGGUUCACCACAAAGAAUUUAUAAUUCAACACUACAUAUUCCCCGCGUUGAUCGUUAUGAUCGUGGUGUUUAUCGAUGUUAUGCAGUUAACAACGUAGCUGGGUCGGCUGAAUAUGAUGUAAUGGUGGAAGUUAAUUAUGCACCACAUGUUCGUGAGGCUCGGUUCAAGGGAGCUUAUGGACAGGCACCAGAUGGAAAUUAUGACAUGACAUUGGAAUGCAUUGUCAAUGGAUAUCCUGAUCCUGAUUUAUUAUGGUAUACUGGAAUUUAUGAUCCGAUAACUAAUAAUAAACCCCUAUUUGAUAAUAAUCGUUAUGAACUUGAAAAAGCUCAAAGUUAUGGUUCAGCUGGAACAAAUGUAACUGAUGUUUUCUCAACUCUACUAAUUCGUAAUGUACGAGUUGGUGAUUAUGGAAAUUAUACUUGUAGAGCGGAAAACAAAUAUGGAUCAAAUUUUGUUGUACUCAGUUUAUUUUAUCAAUCAAUCUGUCAAGGUGCUUACUGUCCAAUGCUUGGGGCUGUUUCCUUGGAAGCUCGAGUUAAUGAAGAUGGAACUUCAGUUAUCAACUAAUUUAAUAAUAAGCUAUGAAAUUGUCACAGUGUUCUUUUUAUCUCUAUCUUGUUAUUUUCGACUUUUAAAUUUUUUCUGUCAUGUAGAUACAAUAACUAUUUUAAAAUAAACAUUUUAUAAUUAUACUACUUUCUUCAGUAUAGGGUUGUGGAGAGUGUUGAAUUUCAUUGAAAUCAUGAACUGAUCAAUUUUAGACCACCAUUAGAGACCUUGAAGCACUUAACGGUCGCUUCUUCCUAGUAUGGGACUCCUCAGCAGUGUGCAUCUGUGAUCACGCAUGCGAAUACUAAACCUCUAAACCAUUGAGCCGACAUCCGAAAGUGUUAAUGCUUAACUCUAAUCGAUCCACAACAUUGAGCGAUAUUUUCCAUUGUCUAUGGUAGGCAACUGCUUCAUACUCAACACGAUUGAAAUCCGCUGGUCACAGAUUCUCAUUAGAACAAUUGAAGAUGGUUGCACAAUAUCGCGGAUUGUUUGAAUUUAGCCAUUAACACCG